UUGAGGACGCCAAAGUUUGUGUGUUUUUCUUCAGAGUCAGGAUAACGUUUCUGCGAGGAGGAAAACCAGACAGGGAAGCUCGCCCUAACUUGUACAGUUUGUUUUGAUGAGCAAUUGUGAUUACUUUUUCAUGCAUUUGGAUACUGGUUGUUAUUACCGUAUUUUAUUAAAUGCUUGUGGCAUGCAUGCGUAUGCUCUAAUUUGUGAUUUGGUCGGCGUUCUGGGGAAUAAGUUCUUGUAAAAGUGUUUGGCUCUAUACAGUUGUGGACAGAUUUCGUAUGUGGAAAAUGUCAAGUGUUCGCGUCUCUAAAGGAAGUCCGACGUUGGAAAGGGUGGAUGCUAGACUUACGGACCACAGUAAACCUCCGGUACGUAGAAAUCUCUUUGGAUCUGUGGAUCACGACGAAUUUAAGAGGGAUUCGACAGAGCAGUUGCAAGAGAUGGAAAAAGCGUCUGCCGAUACUUGGAACUUCGAUUUCUCUGCGAACAAGCCCCUGUCGUCUGGUAAAUACGAAUGGGUGGAGGUCGAUGGCAAAGACUUGCCAGACUUUUACACCAGACCGCCACAUAAACGGGCUACCUCCUCUGGAACUGUGGACCAUAACGGGAAUCACGAUUACUCGUCGCCGACUGCUUCCCCAGAGAGCGGAGAGGGGCACUCAGACGACACCAAGAAUUGCCGAGAGUCGCAUACUGCUACGAGAAAAAGACCUGCAAGUCCCGAAUCAUCACGCCAAAGUAAAAGAUCACACACCAGUCCGGGCGAAGAGCACUCUGCAGAUUUAACGCAUUCAGAACAAACACCAAGCAAAUCAGAUCCUAGGACUUAGAGGUGUUUUUAUAAACAACGAAUGAAAGCUUCCUUCUUUCUCCAUCCAGUUCUUCUUUGUUUUAUGAAGAAAGGAGGGACAGCAGUGAGAGAGGAACGCAUAUCGUCUUACCUAAGGAUUUGCGAGGCAGUAUAAGCACUGAAUUUUGACACUAAAGCUUUGGCACUCAACAGAAUACAUUUGCCUCAGAAGCAGACAAUGUAGC